GCAUUUGGCCAUCAAGUCUAGUUGAAUUGCAUAAUUUGAGCGGUUUUGUACGGAACACGCGUAGGAUGGAGCUGAAACCAAAGACGGCUGCAUUUUGGAUGGUUAUUUGCCUCUACUUGCUUUCUAAUUGGAAAUCGGAGGCGGAGGCCAAGAAUAAUUUUGAGCUGCAAACGGAUAAUUUUACAUGCAGCAGCGAGGAUACUAGUUCCAGCAUCCUUAAGGACUUCAAUUGUGGCGUUAGCAAAAGUGCCAAACGCCGCACCUGGCACAUGGAGUUUAAGCUCAAACAACCUGUUGCCGAACAUGAUUUCUUUAUGAAAAUCAUCCUGCCACGCCGACGACCUCUGCCGGAUUUCGUCCUGCUCAAUGUGACCACCGAUGGCUGCCAGUUAUUGGCCAAUCGCAAUCAAGUGCCCCUCAUGCGCCUGGGCCGCAGUAUCAUGGAGCGUUUCAGCAACUUUCCCAAACAGUGCCCUUUCAAGCCCAACUUGAACUACUACAUCAGGGGAUUUCGACUGGACUUGAACCUUCUGCCCGCCGUGGACAUGGAGACACCCGUGCACAUCGAGCUCAGUUACCAGAGCAAACAGCAGGGACUCAAGUGGAUCAGCGGUUACCUGUUGGCACGUGUUCAGCUGAUAGGCGAGAAGAAGCGGCACAAGUAGAGAAAAGUAUGGAUGGUAAUCAUGAUUCCAUUACAGGGAAAUAAUAAAAUGAAUAUCGUCUUAGCUCCGUCCGAUUUAAUACGCUCUCCAGAAUGAAGAAUUAAUAUAUUUCUUUCACCUUGUUUCUGUCUAUCUGCGCAUUUGACAUCUUUUGGCCCUAAUGAAAGUGCCUUCUGCAAGGCCGCCUAACAUUCAUAUGCGUAUGACAAAUCUGCACAGGUGAGCAU